AGCAGCAGCGGCAGUAGCAGCAGCAAGUUAGUUUCUCUAUCGAGUGGAAGCACCAGCACGCCAGCAAGAUGUCUCAGGAUCUCGACCUUGAUAUGACCAACAGGGACCCAAAUGAUCUCAAUGAUCAUGUAAAGGUUUCCUUCGAUGAGGUCCUUGGUGAACCCGAUGGCAUCCGGUCCAUGGACUGCGUGUGGCGCAACUCCUACAAGUGCUUCAACUGCUGCAAAGGAUGCUGCUACAAGCUGCUCACUCUCUUCUGUGGUAUCCCUCUGGCCAUGUGCUGGGGCUGCGAGUUCGCCAUGAUCACCUUCCAACACGUGUGGUACAUCACUCCUUGCAUGAGAGCCUACAUGAUCAACUGUGGAUGUCUGCAGAAGUUCUACGGCACCUGUAUUCAGUGUUACUUGCAGCCUAUAUAUGAAGCCUACGGCUACUGCUUCAACAAUAUAAGGGUCACUAAACUGUCAGGUUAGAAGCCCCACUCGAACCUUCGACCCAGCGUGAACUGUGACUAAUGAUGAAGACUGCACGUUGACGACCAUGAUCGGACGAAGCUUCAUCUGACGUGCACAGAGCCUCAAACCUCAAGGCGCCUGGCCUAGGUUGUGCAGAACAAUUGGCCAAGUGUAUAAAGGAGGGAAGACCGCAUAAACCACACAGCAGAAGGAAACUUGGGGGGGGGAUGGACGAACAUCGCUGAUGUCUUUUCUGCCUUCCAGAUUCGUGAACAGUAAAGAAUUCUCGUUGAAGCCUUUUGUUCUGCACAACAUUGUCGUGGUAUCCAUGCAUCGUUUGAUAUUCAUUCUAAUACAAUUUUCUUAAAAUGUCCAUUAUGAUACAAACAUGUAAAAGAAUUCUAUCCGAACUUUUUAAUAAUUAGUUUCUUCAGAGAAGUACAAAGUAAAUCUCAUUUGCUUCAGAAAGGAUUUAUUGUCCUCCGUUUCCUUUGUAUCUAGAAGUGCUCCUUUAUUUCAACGCAAGCGAAACAAUUUUAGAAUAUGUAAUCGUUUUUAUAUCCAACGUUACUGUGAUAAAUUAAAUAACUUUUUACUAAAACGACCUUGCUGUCUUCUUCAUUGUCUUUAAUUUUAGAAAAAGCAGGAUGUUUUCUACUUCAUUGUUAUUUUUAUGCUAACAGCGUAAACGAAGAUUACUCUGUGUGAUAUGUUCACAACACUCAUUUAUAUUUCUGUCAGUGUCUUAAAAUCAGUAGAAAGGACCAAGGGUACAAAGCAAUGUUCACGAUGUUUGCUUAGUUCCAAAGCAAAAUUUGCUUACGGCAGCGGCAGUGAUGAACAGAGCACUUGGUACUUUGAUGAAUGUUUUUACACUCAGUAUUCAAUGAUGAACAUGAGACUUGGUAUUGUCUACUCUUUACAAAGAAGGGUAAUUUAUUAAAUAUAAUAUUUACAAA